AUGUGCGAGACAGAGAAUUUCAAUCCUUCUUACUGCCCUCGGACUGUCGCUCGACUAUCCAUUCAGUACCCACCCGGAUCUUUUGGCUUCACUGAAUUGGAAUAGCCUGAGCUAGGAUUACAUCCCAUACGGUAACUGCCUCAGAACAACACAAUUAUCCAUCCCCAUAUCUGAGGUUGGUCCUCGGCUACUCAUUCGGCACCAUCUCGCGUUCUUGAUUUGUUUCAGGGCCUGCGAAACAAUUUUGAACAGUCAUACCUCGAGUCGCGACAAGAAGGCUGCCUUCCCUUUCGGAUAAGCUAGCGACCUCUUGCUACUUUUCUACCUAACCUUCGGGAACGGCUCCGCAGUCAGUUAACUACUCGAAUACUUGAUGGAUCGGUGGGCUCCCCUUCCCUUGAUCGUUUGUGAUUUCCUAAAUAACAAGUACCCGCCUAAUAGCCUUCCCAGAGCAACGCGUGCCGAUACCAGCGGGAACUUCAGCGGGAACCUUGGGGAUCAUAAUGUUUCCGGCAGCAAUUAUAACAACAAUAACAUAAACACGGGAAACCUGAGCAGCGUUACCAAUAUUGGUACAAUAUAUCAACGGUGUGUGUUUACCGCAGGGGGCAAAGGUACUAUCAGCUUUCCCGGAAGAUUUCAGCCCAAGAUCUAACUUAUUGGAACUAGAAGCUUCAAGGCCCCACCGAAUAAUUCCCUAUUGUAGAAACAGCAAGUUUACUGGUCGCAAGGAUCUCAUUGAGUUGGUGAAGAGGUAUUCCAAGGGUAGCGGGCACAGCCGAAUCGCACUUCAUGGAUUGGGCGGUUCCGGGUAUGUAUUCGUCAUUGUUAAGCCGGUUUCGGGAGUUUACUAAAGUUACUUAGGAAAACACAGAUUGCGCUCGAAUUCGUUUACCAGCGCACGAGCGAGAGUGAUUGUGAUGUUUUCUGGGUGCACGGCAGUGGAGUACCGAAAUUUAGCGAGGGCUUUAGAGCUAUUGCGCAACGUGUUCAAAUUCCCUUAGCCAGCAGCGAGAAGGACCAAGAGGAAUUCCUACUGAAUAUCAAGAGGUGGUUUGAGGGCCCGGCCAGUGGUGAUUGGAUACUGGUCAUUGACAACGCCGACAAUGAGGAUGACUUUGACGGCAACAGCGGCCCCAUCUCGAAAUUUAUACCACAAGGGCCCCGGGGUACUCUAAUUUUCACCACCAGAUCACUCCGGGUUGUAUCUUGGCAAAACUGCGAAAGGAUCGAGGUCGGAAAAAUGGAGGAGGAGGAAGCCAAGGCAUUGUUUUCAAAACGCUUGGGUAACUGGAACACUGCGGGUGAUGAGGAAAAUGAAGCAAUCGCAAUGAUCAUGGACUCCGUACAGUACAUCCCUCUCGCUAUUAUAGGAGCGGCAGCCUUCAUGGCCGAGACCCAGACACCACCAUCCACCUACUGGAACAUGUUUCGGGGAAGCGACGAACAUGCGAGAAGGCUACUCUCACAGCCAUUUUGCGACAUACAACGAGAGGCUGAUAUGACGGAAAGCAUCAUUGCCACGUACUUUGUCACCUUUGACCGAAUCACACUGCAGAUGCCCCGAGCGGCAGAUCUUCUUCGUCUAAUCGCGUUCCUCGAUCGUCAGAACAUCCCGGAGGAGCUAUUAAGUCAAUCUGGUUUGGCAGGGAUGGAUGAUCCAAUCGAUUUUCGUCGCGCCAUUGGGAAACUGUUGGGAUUUUCACUCGUCGCGGCUAUCGAAUGUGAGGGCAAGGCAUUUUACGAGCUUCACCGUUUAGUGCAAUUGUCUUUACAAGUCUAUUUACCAACGGAAGGGUCGAACCGAUGGAGGGCCACUGCGCUGGGAGUGGUUUCAAGGCUGUUCCCUCGGCAUUGGAGUACGUGGAGAGAUGUUAGUUCUGCAUUUAUUCCACAUGCACUUGCGGUAACCAAAGAUUCCACGGAUCCCAUUGCCGAAGAACUUUGCUCUCGCCUAGGGAAGUACUUUCGGGAUAUGGGUUUCUACAAUGACGCGGAAAUUCAAUUUCGCCGGUGUAUUGCGCUUCGGGAAGAGGGUACAGAGCAUGACUGGGAUGAGGAAGGGCAGAGGAGGGUAAUACUCCUGGGUGCUGUGAUCGUAGACCAACGCA